AUGACUUCAGAUCCCACAAAGGACCCGGAGUGGGUGACGCUCGUCAGCGAGGACGACUACCGCUUCGUGGUCGAGUACAAGUGUGCGAUCGCCAGCGGAACCAUCAAGACGAUGCUUUCCAUGGGUGAAGGCGGCGGAUUCGCAGAGGCAGAGAGCCACACUGCCCGAUUGCAGAUCCGCGGCGAGGUGCUCGAAAAGAUCGUCGAAUACCUUCAGUGGAAGACAAAGUACAGCACCGUCGACAACGACCUCGACGUGCCCAACUUUCAGAACCGUAUCCCGCCAGAGAUCGCCCUCGAGCUAUUGAUGGCGGCCGACUUCUUGGAUGUGUAA